UUCCUUAAAAAUAUUUAUUUAUUUAUUUUUUUUUGAAAAAAAUUGUUUUUGAUGCUCCGUGCUGUGCACUUUGCUAAGUAUAUACAUGGAAAGCUGUCAUUUUUUAUAGUGGGAAAUAAUUUUUUUUUUCUUUUCUUGCUUACCAUAUAUUUAUUUUUCGUCUACCUUGCCAUACAUGAAUAUUUAUAUUUUUGUGUCAUUUAUAUAAUUAAUGCUCAUAACACAUAUACUUACACAAAAGCUUCGGUUGGUUUGUCUGGUUGGUUCUUCUUCUUCUUCUUCUUCUUCUUCUUCUUCUUCUUCUUCUUCUUCUUCUUCUCUGCUGCAGUUUUGGUCUCUGUUUGUGUUGGAGGCACACUUUUGGGUUCUUCUCUCUUUUGGUCAUUGCUCCUGCGGCUUUGACCCAUGAAGAUGCUAGUGGCGUUGCUCUCGCUGCUGGCAUUGACAAAUGCUAUCCAUCUUAAUGGAGAAGAGGGCGAUGGUCAAUGUAAUUAUGUUAAUCUGACAUUAGAACCAAGACCACAUAGUGUCUCCAUCUUAGAGUUUGGUGCUGUUGGAGAUGGGAAAACAUUAAACACCCUUGCCUUUCAAAAUGCCAUAUUCUAUCUCAAGUCUUUUGCUGAUAAAGGCGGUGCCCAGCUUUAUGUGCCGCCGGGAAGGUGGCUCACUGCAAGUUUCAAUCUUACCAGUCACCUCACACUGUUUUUGGAGAAAGGUGCCACAAUUCUUGGAUCUCAGGAUCCAUCUCAUUGGGAAAUUGUUGAUCCCCUACCCUCAUAUGGUAGAGGGCUUGAACUUCCUGGAGGAAGGUAUCGUAGCUUGAUAAAUGGAUACGAAUUAGAGGAUGUGGUGAUAACAGGUGAUAAUGGAACCAUCGAUGGCCAGGGCAGGGUAUGGUGGGAUUGGUUCAGCUCUCAUUCUUUGAAUUACAGCCGUCCUCAUCUUGUUGAAAUUGUGGACUCCCAAUAUGUAGUAGUUUCGAACCUUACAUUCUUGAAUGCCCCUGCAUAUAACAUCCAUCCAGUCUAUUGCAGCGAUGUACAUAUUCAAAAUAUCUCAGUCUCUACUCCUCCAGAUGCCCCUCACACUGUUGGUAUAGUCCCAGAUUCUUCUGAGAAUGUUUGUAUAGAAGACUGCAUUAUAAGCGUGGGUUUUGAUGCCAUUGCCCUUAAGAGUGGUUGGGACGAGUAUGGCAUCUCCUAUGGUAGACCCACGAAAAAAGUACACAUCAGGGAAGUUUACCUGCAGUCAUCUUCUGGCUCUACGAUUGCCUUUGGUAGUGAAAUGUCUGGUGGCAUAUCUAGUGUGCAAGUGGACCAUGUCCAUCUAUACAACUCUUACAGUGGUGUUGAAUUUAGGACAACAAAAGGAAGAGGUGGUUAUAUCAAGCGUGUCACCAUAUCGGAUAUUUUAAUGAAAAAUGUCUACAAGGCAUUCAGUGCCUCUGGUCAGUGCGGCGCCCAUCCAGACGACAAGUUCGACCCCAAUGCUCUCCCGGUUUUGGAUGACAUCACCCUGCAGGAUGUGAUUGGUACGAACAUCACCAUUGCUGGAAAUUUCACUGGGAUUCAGGAAUCCCCCUUCACCUCAAUCUGUCUAUCCAACAUCACCUUAUCAAGUAACUCGGGCUCUCCUGCUACUUGGGUAUGUUCGAAUGUUUCUGGCUCGUCAGAGUCUGUCUUCCCCGAACCCUGCCCUGACCUUGAGAACACAUAUUCAUAUUCUUCCUCUGCCUGCUUUUCCUCAACUUCAAAUGGGAAAUCUGCAGCCUUAUGAAAACUCAUUCCUUUCACACUACAGUCUAUAUUUAUGAGCCCCAGUCUACAAAAAAAAAAAAAAAAAAAAAAAAAGAAAGAAGAGAGAGACAAAAAAAACCCCUUUAAACGAUCAUUGCCAUUUCAAAUUAGGCCACAUUCUUUCCAAUAAGACACAUGUUUAGAUUCUUUGUUUCUUCAUCCCUUUAGAUUUUGCAUUCUUGCAUGUUUCUAUCUGCAGAUUUGUACAGCUUCAAUUUCUUCAUUCAAUGUGUAAGGAAAUUUUUGGUAGUGAUGGCAAAAGAGGACUUGGAGAUAAUAUUGUUAGCAUUGUUGUUUAAAAUUUUCAUAUUAAAUUUGUUAUUACAAAGUUUUAGCACGAUGUAAUUUUGUGUAAAAUGUUUUUGUUUUUGGUGUUUUUUCGAGUGACAUGUCUGCUGAAAUGAAAAAUAUGGAAAGAAGUGGAGCAUUUCUGUUCAGUAUAAA